UUAAACCAAAUGUGGGAUCGAGCAGUAUUAGGGGUUGAAGAAGUCGUGAACCUGCUGGGUUUGGGGUAAAGUGCGGAUGGGAUUCAGUUUACAUGGAUACUCCUCAAGACUGUCAUUCCGACGUGCUUUGUGUGCAUUUGCAGAUUUAAGAAAGAAAUCGCGAAGAAAGCUCAGUUUGGUAGCCUACCCACGUGCUGUCCGAGGCGUUGUGCUUGUGAGUGCGUGCGGCGACGCCGGCGCCAACAUAAAUGAUCACAGCACGAAUCGCUUUCAGAAAAGGUCCAUCACAGCGUGAACACGACACACGCAAAAGAUGAACAUCUUCAAUAGACUGACGCCUCGCCACAUCACCCUGCUUUUGAGCUUCAUGACUAUCUUUCUUUUGUUCACUCAAAACCGGAUCGAUAAUACUGUAGACUCCUUUGAUGACUCUAUCUUUGAAGCUUCAUGCUCCUGUAAAUCUUGCGUCAUGGGCUUUAUGGACGAUGACUGGUUCAUUUAUCGAUACGAUCCCAGCAUCCCACCUCUGCUGAACAGAAAAAACAGUGUUUUACGUCGAGACACCUACAGAUGGUGGAGGGGUCUACAGCCAUCAAUGUUCGGAGUCAACUACACAGAGGUGGUGGAUCAGAUGUUUUCUCUCUUCCCUGAUAAAGAGCACUACUCAGACGCCGGUCCAGAUCGCUGCAGAACCUGUGCUGUAGUGGGAAACUCUGCGAACCUUCUGGGAUCCCAUUAUGGGUCUCUAAUAGAUUUCCAUGAUAUUGUGAUUAGGAUAAAUAAAGGCCCGACAAAAGGUUACGAAAGGGAUGUGGGGUCAAAGACAACUCACCGGAUUCUGUAUCCCGAAAGUGCCGUGGACUUGGACAACUCCACCCAUCUGGUGCUUUUUCCCUUUAAGAUUCGCGACAUGCAGUGGCUCAUAAGUACCUUCACCACUAGACACAUUACACGCACCUACACACGAGUCAAACCUUCAAUCAAAGCAGAUGAGAACAAGGUGAUGGUCCUCCACCCUGGUUUCAUAAAAUACGUCUAUGAGAAAUGGCUUCUGAAACAUGGCAGAUAUCCAUCUACUGGCUUCAUUACAAUAAUAUUUGCUUUGCAUAUCUGUGAUCAGGUGAAUGUCUUUGGGUUUGGGGCUUCAAGCACUGGAACCUGGCAUCAUUACUUUGAUAAAACUCGCACUCACUAUAAAGGUGGCCCUCAUGGUGGAGACUUUGAAAACAAAACAAUGCAUCAACUUCAGCAGAGAAACAAGAUUUCAAUAUAUAAAGGGUAUAGAUAAAAAAAGACCAGGAAUGGACAUGUUCGGUUUAAUGUGUUAAAUACUUAACAACCCAUUAACUUGUGGAAAUUGAUAAUGUUUUGAGCAGCAAUUAAGUAAUUUGUUCACAUCUUUAUGUUGUGGCCACGUGACCAUAUGUUGAUAGAACUACAUCACUUUCUUGUAGCCAAGAGUUUAAUGUGCUAACAGACCUUAUGGUUAUCCCAGUUUUGCAACAGUCAUGCAGAGGUUUGUUUACACAUUAAACAGAGAAACAAGAUUUCUAAAUAUAAAGGGGUAAAAAAGACAGUUCUUCCAUUUAAUGAAGGUGAUCUCAAAAUGGUGUAUACCAAAACAGCUACAAAAUGAAUCUAAAAAUGAAAGCGGAAGCAAAUGCUGUAUAAUGUCCUACUCUUAUUUAUAAUGCCUUACUGUAUCUACACACUGUAAACAUAUUGUAUGUACCUGCUGUUCUUGUACUAAAGUAGCCUACUAAUCUGUAAGACAUUUGGAAUGUUUUUAUGGAUCUUCAAAUUCUAUUUUGGUUAAAACGAAAAAUUAAAAGGAUGAGCCCUUUAA